ACCUAAAUCUCUGCAAAGAUGUUGACACAAAUGGAAUGUGCUAUCAAUUGUAUGGUGGAAGUCUUCCACAGGUAUGCCUUGACAGGAGGUCAUCACCACUCGCUGUCCAAGGAUCAGUUUGAAAAACUAUUAGGAAAAGAAUGUCCAGAGUUUGUAAAGAAGUUAAAGAAAACUGUGGCAGAAUUUAUGAAAGAGUUGGACAUCAACCAAGAUGGUUUCAUCAACUUUGAGGAAUUCCUCAUCCUGUCACUCAAAAUGAUGGUUGCACACCAUGAUGAUUCACAUAAAGAAUAGCUGCAGCUUUGUUCCAGUGGGAAUUGGGAGGGUCUACCUGAUAUUGGGUCCCUAUGGGGCAAUAAAGUGAUUAAUACCUCAA